ACCAAACAACAAAACAAUAACAAACAGGACGCGGUAUUUUUCAGUAAUUUUUGUUCUUUGUUUUUCGUGGUUUUUUGUGUCUAAAAAGUCAUGUCUAAUCAAGAAUUUGAGAAGCGAGUACUCAAAUACUUUCUUGCCGUGGGGGAGAAGAAAGUUCCCUUUAAGAAAAUCGAUGUUUUGAAUGCAAUCCCGGAUCUUCGGAACAACAAGAGUUUUGUUGAGAUUUUCAACAGUGCAAAUUUUCACCUCUCACAGGUGUUUGGCUUCAAAAUUCAGGAGAUACAACAGAAGAAUAACAAGGUUUACAUUGUUGUGCCAAAAUCCAUAACCUCCCAUUUGGUUAUUCCCCCGCGAAAACAACCGGAAAAGAUUCUUCUGUACAUUGUACUCACGUACAUCUUCAUGAAGGGUGGUGAAGUACCUGAAGCAAUUCUCUGGGCAUUUCUGAAGAAAUUCGAGAUUACCAUAGAUGAGGAUCAUGAUUAUUUCGGGAAUGUCAGGAAAUUCCUAACGGAGACCUUUAUCAAGCAGCUCUACCUUGUCCGGGAGAAGGUUGAAGAAGAGGGAGGAACUGAUUUCAUAUUAUACUACUCAUGGGGGCCAAGAAGCACAUACGAAGUCCCUAAAGGUGAAAUGCUGGAGUACGUGGCUGAGUUACUGAAGAGACCGUCAAAGUGUUUCUUGAGACAAUUCAAGGAGGUCUACAACAGGGAUCCAUCGCAAACACCUCAACCAGGACCUUCUCAGCGUUAAUUUCAUAUGGAUUUUGCUGAUCUUCCGGGGAUUGGUGAACUUUAUGUUCAUAAACGAGCUGUGAGAGUUUUAUAAAAUUUUCAUCUCUUCAUUUUUUCAUAAAUUACAAAGACGUGAGUUGUCUUAUUAGCAUAUCAUUAAAAAUAAUGCCAUUCAGAGAGAAUCCUAAUGAAGUACAUCUCCCAUAAGGAAAAUAUGAAUUACCUGAUUUUGAAAUAAAUAUAAUUAACAUAA